AUGAAUAAGUUUUAUAUUAAAAUUGUUUUAUUUCUUUUAACCAUCUCCCUAUAUGUGAAUAAUAAAACCCUUGCAAUUGAACCUGAUCCAGGAGAAAAUGCAACAUCCGAAUCAGCACGUCAUAAUCUUACUUCAGAAGAAAUAUAUGAAAAAAAUAAGCACUUAUUAUGUACCGAUCCAAAAGAAACUAUAAAGGCAGGUGAAGUUAUGAAAGAAGCUGUAAAACAUUUAGAAUAUCAUGCUACAAGUAUAGAUGAUUAUAAAUUAUUUGGAAUAGAUAUUUUUAAUAUGCAAUAUUUUUAUAAAAAAAAAGAUCGAGGCUAUAUAGAUGUUCGAAAAGUUAAAAUUUGUCAUUUAUAUAAGUAUAAUGAAAUAAUAAACAUGUUAUGGAAUCCCGAUCGUCAGAUUUUUUUCAUUUCUGACUUUGUUAAAAUUGUCCGUGUGUACAAUCCAAAUUUAGUAAUGAUACAACAGCGUUACGGAGGUAGUUCUAUGAAUUGUCAGAAAUAUUUUUAUGCUUUAUCUGCAAAAUUUGAAGUAUCAGAAAACAAAACGAUAUUAGUCAUGGCUUCAGCAGAUAUAAAUGACCACAACCCUUCCAAUAAAAAAUAUAAAAACGAAAUAGUAAACAGCGCAAAUUUAUUCAAAACUGACAUUGAUUCUGAAGAUGAUAUUAGAAAAGGAAAAUUAAAAAAAACGUUUGUUAACUUAAUUGGAUAUCUCAUUGAAAAAAUAGGCAGCUAUUCUUAUAUCACCUUCAUCGAAUCUGUUAGUGACACCUACAUCGAAUCUGUUAGUGACACCUACAUCGAAUCUGCUAGUUGCCAUGCUCCCAUUUUCCUAAAACGUAUGAUUAGAAAAACUUUAUGUUGUUUUCUCCCUCAUAAAUAA